UACAAACGUAUUGUUUUACGAAGCAGAAGACAGAUCAGUGGUCAUGGAAAUAAACCGGAAGUUGCACAUGUUUGACCUUGAAAUGAUGGAAGUCUGUGUCGUGUUUCCGGGUAUUGUCUCGAGAAAGAGAGUCCGCAUCGUAACCAAACGAAAGCAACUCCUCGUGACGACACGUGGUGGCAAGAACGUGAAACUGUACAACAUCACAAACGGCUGCGUUGACGCCAUAAUAAAAACUGGAUACACGACGGAUAUUAACGAUGUUGUGGUGAAUGAUCCGGGUACGCUGGUCGCAGUGGGCGUGGACGAGGGACCCAUAGUGUUGAUGGACCUUGUCACUUACUCUCGCAUGUAUGAGAUCUCAAACAGCGCCCGGUAUGGUGACUACUUUGCCUCCUACAUGUUGUUUACCAGAGACAGCACGCGCUUGUUGUUCAGCGCAGAUAAAGGCUUGGAAUCAGGCGAGCAGCGUUCAGACGAUGUAGAUCAUCUAUUCUGCUGGGACAUUGAACACAAUAAGGAAAUAUAUGAGCUGUGCGACACAGAGACACAGAUGCAGUACGAGAAAGUUAAAAGCGACGAAAGUACGAGCAUGGAAGGGUGUUAUCUUCUUGACGACGACCAAAUCGUGACCACGUGCUUCGACAAUGUCGUCCGAGUGUACGACGUCAAAUCAGGCAAGCUACUCCACCGGUUGACAGGCCACAAGACGUCGGUGACGUUAGCGCUAAGUGGCGUCACGCCCUACUUCCUGACGUAUGGCUCGCAUGCGGAGGAGAACUGCAUCUUCAUGUGGAACAAAGUCACGUGCUCUAGGGUCGCCACCUUCACGCUGGACGAGCGGGUCAAUACCAUCCACUGGAGCGAUGAUGGAACGUUUUUCUACACAACCAUAAAUGGCGUCUGGGAACAUAAGGUUGCUGAAGUCAUUACGUGGACUAUUCACCAUGGAAACGAACCCACAACGAGGCCUGAGGUUAAAAAAAGUCUCCAGAUAUAUUCAACCGAAGCAAACCUGUCCCGUCUGACGAUAAAUGCUCCUGAAAAAGUUGAGAAGGGCUACCAACCGGAAGUGGGAGAUCCCGACACGGACGAUGAGUUCUUUACUGACCAAGACUAGUUACUUCUAAUUUUGCAAUAUCAUUGGCGUCGCUCUGGAGAGCGGCGACUAGUAUGGAAUGCUUUUUUUUCGCUUAUGGGAGGAGAAGUUUUUUUACGGAUUAAUGUAUAUAUUUUAGUUUUAAGAAUAUCUUGCAUAGUGGUGAUUUUUUGUGUAAAUUAUUGUCAAUAAGUACUGCAUUUGUGCCUAUUACAUUUAUCACAACAUUUAUUGUCAAUAGUGCAAAGCUAAAUGUUUUAAUUGAAAACCUAUCCACAACUGAUCACAGGGGAAUGAUCACAGGGACUGGGCAAAUACGCGAAACUUUCUGGUUUUGUAUAAAAACAAAACUGAAUCAAAGUAUAUUUAUUUUGUGUUUUUUCUAAUUUGCUUAUUUAGUGGAGAAUCAAUGUAGUACGAUAUUUGACGACCUAUCGCGCAAGCAUGAUUAUUGGAAGGCGUAGUGGUACGAAAACGUACAAUGUAUUAGUUUAUGAAAAGACAUAUACUUACGAUCGGUAUACACAACUUCACCAAAUAGCAGUAUAUAAAUGAUGUCAGCCAGAUUAGCUCUGUUGGGAGAACGUUAGACUGAAGUUGUUAACGCAACAAUGAUCUAGAGGCCCCCGGUUCAAUCCCGGGUUCCGGCACGAACGGAAAAGUUCGGCGACUGAAAUUUUUUUUCAGUCAGGUUAAUAAAUAGA